UGAGAAGGAAUCUUCCUUAUCUCAUUACACACCAUUCGGCCAGCACAAGGGAGAGGAGAGCUCAGAGAAAAAAGUCUCCAACAAGGUCCAAGCUUGAAGGAAACAAUAGGAAAGGAAACCCAACACAAAAGACUAGGUUCUUGAGGAGUUGAAACCGCGAAAACUGCCACUCAAAAGGAGCUGUUCGUAGCUGCAGGCCACGAAAGCCGCCCACCUUUUGCAAAAGUCGACCGGCUUUUGUCUGCUGUCCAGAUUUUUCACUUCUAAUUGGUUUAGAACGAGGAUUGAUUAAAGGGCUUAACAAAGGCAACUAUUGCAGCACUUCAUAAGGUGAUGAUGACUUACUAUAAUGCUUAUAAUUAGUGAGUUAAUUUCAUGAGAUUACCUAAGGUAAUUAAUUGUGUUUUUAUGGAUUAUUAAUGAUUAAUAAUGCCUAAGAAUGAGAAGACUAUUGUCUAUAAGGAGAAGGAGCAUAAUAUACAAAUUUAAAAAUAAAUUUGUGUAUGAUUAUGUGUCAUGAUCAUGUGGACUUGAUAAUGGAAUUAACUAUAAACCUUAUGUUGAAAUAUACUUUUUACUUCAUAUAAGAAUAUAUGAGUGACUAAAAGUUAUACUUUGUAUAUUGAUAUGAACUAUAUUUUCAAUGGAAAAUUAGUUUGGAAUUAGUCUAUAUGACUAUGAAUUGAAAGUUGGUUUUGUUGGAAUUUAUCCGACUAGUAUUAAGAUACUAUUCGGGGUAUUGGAAUGAGAUUAUGCUAGAAUUGGUCCUAAGGUUCGAUUGUGAAAUAUUAAACCUUAAGUAGUCUUAAGAGAUGCUAAGGUGGACAUGUAUGAACUUUAAGUUCUACUAAGGGUAGGCCUUAAGGGAUACCCAAGAUAAAGUGAAUAAUAAAUAGAUCCUAGAUAUAGGAUUGGCCUACGGGUGUAUUCGGUAGUCCUUGAGGAUAGCCGGUUGAAUUAUAAUAAAUUGAUCCUAGAUAUAGGAUUGGCCUACGGGUGUAUUUGGUAGUCCUUGAGGAUAGCCGGUUUAAUUAUGGUAAUAAGUAAGGACCAUGCCCCUUCUCGACUCUAGAGAGCGGGGUUGGAUAGCAUGGACUUGCAUCGUGAUCACGGGUUAGGGUGGAAUCCGAAUCGGAGACCUCACGAGGCUCUGACAGCGGUAACACAUAAGAUAAGACUCAGAAUGGGCCUUACCUUCCUACGGGAUGAUGAGUAUGAGUCCAGGGGUGGGAUGUUGGACUCCGGCUGAUGGAUAGUCUACCCGGGGGGUAUCUUAUCCGAGGGUUAUUACGGGAAUAACUUAGAGAGAAGUCAGAGAUAAUAGGAGGAGAGAGAGUCGAUUUUAUUAAAUGAACUCGAGAUGUGGAGUUGAGAUGCAGAUGAUGUUUUACAAGGAGAAAUGGGCUGCUAUUUAUAGCAGCAAUAAAUGCGAUGAGGGGACACGUGUCAGUAAUCCAACGGCCGAAGGGUCACAUCAGCCGGUUGGCACCGGCAGUGGUACGUUCACCGCAUUGAAUGCGGUUGGCGGAUGCGACGUGGCAUUAAAUGCGGUUGUUGGCUGUCUCCAAAAGGAAUCUUCGAUGAUUGAGCUAGUCCAGCCGAAGGCUCCUCGUGUAGCCGAGGGCUCCUUGUAUGGCCGAAGGCUCCUCGUGUAGCCGAAGGCUUGGUUCAGCCGAGGGCUUCCCCUGGUGCCGAGGGCUCAAUAGUGUCGAAGGCUAAUGUUCUCGCCCGUUUUCUCCCAGUAGCUUCUUACGCCAGAGAAGGCUAUUCUGAGAGUUUUGGAGCCUUCGGCCAAGGAGGCCGAAGGUACCCCAGUGUGUAUUCUGGGCUACUUUGAAGCUUGGGCCGUGGUAUUUGGGCCUGAGUUGUUUCCUGAGCUCAAUGGACUUGUGUAGGAGAAGUAGGAGUCUAUGGGCCGGGGGUUCCUGGGCCAUAUACUCCAUCACCGGCCUGAGGGCCCGAUGAGGCCUCGGAUAGCGGUGACAAGUCUCGUAAGGAUGAUAAGACCUAUGGGCGGUGUCUUGCAAAUGAUGAACGAAAUGGAAUAUAAGAAGGGGCCUCUGUGCCGACAAAUUAAUUAAUUAACUUAUUAUGAAGAUAAUAAGGGUUAAAGAAGAACUAUCAUUAUAUUAUGAUAUCACUCUAUUUGAGGGUCUUAGAAAUUGAAACAUUGAUUAUACUUAGUAUAGUUGUCAUUGUACUUUUCAAAUGCUUCAAAGUACUAACCUCCCCAUCACAGGGGAGGCCAGCUCACAGUUUCAGGUAGAACUUGAAGGUUGCUACCAUCGCUUGUUGCUUCGGGAAGAUUCAAGGAGAGAAGACGUGGUUCGUGCUUCCUCCGUUUCCGUUUUAUAAACAAUUACAUUCAAUGCUAAUAGAUAUUAUUUUCUGAAUGAUUAUUUGGGGGCUUGUAUGCCCAUGUUUGCAAGUGUGGCUUGAACACUUGUUAUAUUACUUCCGCUGCUUUAAAUAAAUAUUUUACAUUAUGUUUGUUUAUGGAUGUACUAUGUGUGAAUGGUAUUCAAGAUGAUGAGCACCACGAAGAGGGGUUGAUCCGACAGAGCAAACGGGCGCGAAAAGCCAAUUCCCGGUUAGCUGACUACGUGACUUAAUGCUACGCAAGGGAGGGAACCUUAGCAGUUUUAUUAUAGCUAUUAUUCUGAUUAUUAAUAAUUAUUAUAAGUACUAUUAUUAUUCAUUUAUAGCAGUAGCAGUAGUAUUCCAUUCUAAUAUGAAGCAGGCAGUAGCAGUCUAGGAGAGAUUGGGAUUUCUGUUAGAAUCCUAAUUGAAGUUUCUUUCUUUUG